CACCUUAUAAAUUGCUAUACAAAUUAACCUCACAAAUACUACUACAAAACAAAAAGACAAAAAAAAUCUCUAAUUUGCUGAUCAAUACUUCUGAAAACUUCAGACAAAACAGAAAAUAAGAAAAUAUAAUGUCAGUUGUAAGAGAACCUCGUUCUAUUGUCAGAAAGUUUUUGGCAAGGCCUCAACAAGAAGGACUUGGUGCUGUUGUUAGAAGAAGCAUUGGAAGGUUUGAGUUGAGAUACUUUGAUCCAUUUCUUGUUUUGGAUGAAUUCUCAGUUUCUGCUCCAGCUGGUUUUCCUGAUCAUCCACAUAGAGGCUUUGAAACUGUCACCUACAUGUUGCAGGGAGCUGUAACACAUGAAGAUUUUGAGGGACACAAAGGCACAAUAGGAGCAGGUGAUUUACAAUGGAUGACAGCAGGAAGAGGAGUGGUUCAUUCAGAAAUGCCUGCUGCUGAGGGAACUCAAAAAGGUUUACAAUUGUGGAUUAACCUCUCUUCCAAACACAAAAUGAUACAACCAAGAUAUCAAGAAAUAUCAAGUGCCAAUAUAGCAGAAGCAACAAAAGAUGGAGUAAAAGUGAGAGUUAUAGCAGGAGAAGCCCUAGGAAUAAAAUCAACUAUACAAACGAAAACACCAACAAUGUAUUUAGACUUUACAUUAAAACCAGGAUCCCAAAUUCAACAACCAAUUCCAAAAUCAUAUAAUUCAUUUGUAUAUAUUUUAGAAGGUGAAGGAAUAUUUGGCCAAGAUUCAAGAACAAAUUUACCUAUACCUUCACAUAAUUUGUUACUUUUAACUGGAUUUGGUGAUGGACUUGUGGCAUGUAACAAAGGGACAAAAAUACUAAGGUUUAUAUUAGUUGGUGGAGAGCCAUUGGGUGAACCAAUAGCACAAUUGGGACCUUUUGUGAUGAAUACUCAACAAGAAAUUGAUCAAACUAUUGAGGAUUUUGAGAAUUGUACUAAUGGUUUUGAGAAAGCUAGGCAUUGGAGAUCUCAAGCUAGAGUUAAGCUUGGUUAUUGAAUGUGGAUUAAUUCAGAUUCUCGUCGCUUAAGUUCUUUCUGGAUGAAAAGUGAUUCGAUUAAUUCAGAUUCUCUUCGCUUAAGGUCUUUCUGGAUGAAAGGGGAUUCAAUUAAUUCAGAUUCUCGUCGCUUAAGGUCUUUGUGGAUGAAAAGUGUUGUACAUCAUAUGUAGCAUAUGCAUAUGAAGAGUAUUUUUAUUGUUAAUUCUUUUGUUGUUGUUAUCUUUUCCUUGUUUCCAUGUACAUUUUGAAUAAAAUUAAGUUAAUUAAAUCAA